AUGAUCAAAGGCCUUUUAAAUUUCCCACUCUGGAAACACCCAAAAGUGUUCGUACACAACCAGUACGUCGGUGUAAACCAGAACUCGUUGAAGCACCAUGCGGCACACCCCCGCCAUAAUCGCGAGGCUUCGACCCUCCUUCCCACUCCCUCGACCCUCCAGCUUCAGAUCCUAAUCCCACCAUCCGAGUUCACAUGGCCAACCUCACCAGCAUCCCUGCGUGCAGACAACCUCCUGCAUGAUGUCGAAGCAGGGGCGGUUGAAACCUCACUGAAAUCUCGACAGGGGUGUUUCAAUUUGAUUCCCAUAUUAUGA